GAAAAAAACCGAAAAACCGUGGGAAGCGCUCUCCUUCACGUUCCCACUCUGUGGAUCCGCCAACGAACCAUAUAGCUCCAAAGUCCAAGCCAUACGUGAGGGCGAGGCUUUUAAGUCACCCUACCCUGGAACUCAACGAUCCUCCUCAUUAUCAAAUCCCAUUCCCUUCCUUCCAGUACAACUUCUAGCUCACUCUUUUUGCUUCUUUUAACCAUUGCAGCACACGUAUCCAGCUGACCGAUAAUAAGGACUGAAGACAUGGUGGUGUUCAAGGUUUCUCGUGUGGAGACUACGCCUUUCGAUGGCCAGAAACCGGGAACUUCUGGCCUUCGGAAGAAGGUGAAAGUUUUUAUUCAGCCUAAUUACUUGGAAAAUUUUGUUCAAUCAACAUUCAAUGCCCUGACUGCAGAAAAAGUUAGAGGCGCUACACUUGUUGUUUCUGGUGAUGGCCGCUAUUACUCAAAGACCGCUAUUCAGAUUAUUAUUAAGAUGGCAGCUGCAAAUGGGGUCAGGCGUGUUUGGGUUGGUCAGAAUGGAUUACUUUCAACUCCUGCUGUGUCAGCUGUAAUCCGUGAAAGGGUUGGAAUAGAUGGAUCAAAAGCAACAGGAGCAUUUAUAUUGACAGCAAGUCAUAAUCCAGGUGGUCCACAUGAGGAUUUUGGUAUUAAAUAUAACAUGGAAAAUGGCGGACCUGCUCCUGAGGGAAUCACAGAUAAGAUCUAUGAGAACACAACAUCAAUAAAAGAGUACCUAAUUGCUGAUCUGCCUGAUGUGGAUAUUGCAGCAAUUGGUGUGACUAAUUUUGGCGGGCCUGAGGGACAAUUUGAUGUUGAGGUCUUUGAUUCAGCAAGUGAUUAUGUGAAAUUGAUGAAAUCUAUCUUUGAUUUUGAGUCUAUAAGGAAGCUGCUUUCAUCUCCAAAAUUCACAUUCUGUUAUGAUGCAUUACAUGGUGUUGCUGGGGCUUAUGCAAAACGUAUUUUUGUGGAGGAGCUCGGUGCACAAGAGAGCUCAUUGUUGAACUGUGUUCCCAAGGAGGACUUUGGAGGAGGUCAUCCAGAUCCCAAUCUCACUUAUGCAAAAGAGUUGGUUGCUCGCAUGGGAUUGAGUAAAUCAAAUUCUCAAGUUGAACCCCCGGAAUUUGGUGCUGCUGCUGAUGGUGAUGCAGAUCGUAACAUGAUCCUUGGUAAAAGGUUCUUUGUAACUCCAUCGGAUUCUGUUGCAAUCAUUGCUGCCAAUGCAGUUGAAGCCAUACCUUAUUUCUCUGCUGGUCUAAAGGGGGUUGCCAGGAGUAUGCCGACAUCGGCUGCCCUUGAUGUUGUGGCCAAACAUCUGAAUUUGAAAUUCUUUGAGGUCCCCACUGGCUGGAAGUUUUUUGGCAAUUUGAUGGAUGCAGGAUUGUGUUCAGUUUGUGGGGAAGAAAGUUUUGGAACGGGGUCUGACCAUAUACGUGAGAAAGAUGGCAUUUGGGCAGUUCUGGCCUGGCUAUCUAUACUGGCAUACAAAAAUAAGGAAAAUCUCAAUGGAGGAAAGCUUGUGACUGUUGAAGAUAUAGUUCGCAAUCAUUGGGCUACCUAUGGCCGCCAUUAUUAUACUCGAUAUGACUAUGAGAACGUUGAUGCAAGUGCAGCAAAGGAACUAAUGGCAAACUUGGUUAAGCUGCAGCCUUCCCUCGGUGAAGUUAACGAGAUUGUCAAGGGGAUAAGAUCAGAUGUAUCAAAGGUGGUCCAUGCUGAUGAAUUUGAAUACAAAGACCCUGUUGAUGGUUCAAUCUCAAAGCACCAGGGUAUUCGAUAUUUGUUUGAGGAUGGCUCUCGACUGGUUUUCCGCCUCUCAGGAACUGGCUCAGAAGGUGCAACCAUACGUCUUUAUAUUGAACAAUAUGAGAAGGAUUCAUCAAAAACUGGAAGAGAUUCUCAAGAAGCACUCGCUCCUCUUGUGGAUGUUGCUCUCAAACUUUCUAAGAUGCAGGAAUUCACAGGCCGAUCUGCGCCAACUGUUAUUACUUAGAUGCACAACGGUACAUGCAAAUUUUGAUAUCAAAUUCCCAUUUGAACUUGAACAAAUAUGGUUGUGCUUUGGUAAUUAUGAACCGAUUUAAGGAAACUUUGUUUAAGCUAUUGGUCCUUGACCUGAAUGUAUCCUAGAAGUACCAGGUAUUCAAGUGUAUGAGAUUAUACUAUGCCAUAAAACAUGCCGACCUUGAUUUUUGAUGUGAGAAUAAUACAAAGUAUCUCAUUUCUGGGCA